GUGUGAGAAGAUCUUGUGUGGAAUACAGAGGUGGCAAGGAUUCAGGGGCAUGGGAGACCCUAGAAGUUAACUGAGCACCAGAAGAGGACACGUCCACCAUAUCCAAUCUCUGUUCACUUAUUACUUCAUACCUCUUGGAGAUGGUGUUACCUAAAUUUUGGACCUAAUCCAUAAGAGGCUUCCUGGCUGUGCCUUGUUACAGAUAUUUUUUGAUUCUUCAGAAAGGCCUAGAACCACAACAGUCAUGAAUGGGACUUUCUUUAACCAGACAGUGAUAGACCAAGGAGCCUACAAUAGUUCAGAGGACAUUGGCUCCCUCAUGGGAUGCUGCAAUGGAACCAGAGCGGUCAUUACCACCGAUGGUACUUCACUCAUUCUUAACCCUGAUGAGCGCAGCAUGUUUAUCACAAGGGUAGUGCAAAUCGCUGUUCUGUGUGUCCUCUCUAUCACUGUCCUUUUUGGGGUCUUCUUCUUGGGCUGCAACUUGCUCAUCAAAUCUGAAAGCAUGAUCAACUUUUUGGUGAAAGACCGAAGACCCUCCAAGGAUGUGGGAGCAGUGAUCUUGGGUCUUUACUGAAGGACCUAUUGACCCAAACCCUUACAACAUCCAGCUCACACGUAUAAACUUUCUGAAGUCUUCACUCUAGACUUCAAAAAAGGUGAUAAGGUCGUUAAGACAAUAUUGCACAGAGCAACAGUUCUCUUGGGUUUGCAUGAAGUGUGCCAAACGAGAACCACUUGGUGGAAGAAUGUCUAUUUUAAAAGCUGCUGUCUUUUUUUCCCCACUGAUAAAUAUCUAAUUUACCCAAGCAGUGCCAGAACCUAUCACAGAUUCGCAACAUCAUGGCUUGUAUUUUUUAUAGUGGAUUUUAUUUAAAUGUUUUGUUCAUAAAAACAACCUGUUAUUUUGGAGACUUGUGGUUGCAUGCUUUGCCUCCCAAAUGUUGUAUUAUACCUCAUAAGUCUCCUUCUCCUCUACCUGAUUUUUGGAUCAAAAGCAUGUUUUUUAAAGGCUGUCAGAUCUGUUUUACAAAGUAAUAUUUGCACUAUAUUUAAUAACCGAAGCAUGAAUUGUACAAGAUUUUUGGAAUGCAUUUUUUUGUACGUAAAGUCUUUGUAUGUAAAGGUUUACUAUAUUGCAAAACGUCAAUGUAUAAUUAACUGCAUUUUGAUGCACUAUUGAUUGCAAAUAAAACAGCAUAUUUUUAA